CACAUCAGUCAUCAAUGUCCGCCCGACCACGAUGGACACUGCGAUCCCAUGUGAUGUUUAUGUACCUAAUCGAUUGAGUGCAUAAAGAAAGGAAUGGUGCUAGCAGAAGUGACGGAUGCGGACAUGCGCAGUCGUGGUGGUGUACUCCACAUUUGGGUAGGCGCCAACGACCGAGAUACCCGCGGGGCCUUCGUGUGGGACCACAGCCGGUCCCCCAUCGACGACAGAGACCUGUGGGACCACGGUCAGCCCCGCCCCGACCGUAGGGCGGAUGACAGAUGUGCCGGCAUCAACAACAACCACAAACUUGAAGUGUACGACUGUAACUUGCAUGGUUAUUUCCUGUGUAUGUAUAACGAAUGCGGGUCCAAUGAAGAGUUUGAACUAGGCGAGAUCUGCUACCGUCUCUACCCCACCCUACGGUGGUGGCGAGAUGCCAAGUUUGGGUCGGGGCAAAAGAAGACGCUGUUGGCGACUUCUAUUGGGUGUUUGAUGGGCAGCGAUUGGCAAUGCAAGUCACUGACCAAUUAUCGAGUAGUGGGUGUGUCAAGCUGCAGCUAAACGUGAACACACUUCAGUCUGCAGACUGCAAAACGGAACUUCCGUACCUGUGUAUGAAGAAACCAACUGUAAAAACAACUACUGCACGCACGACGACAAUCACCACUCAAGCGCCCAAGGUCUGGUUCGGCCAAGGCGACCUGUUCUUGUGUCACUGUGAGGCGCCCCACUGUGGGGCGGGGGCGUGCCAGGGGGACACCGCCCCGUGUGAGCAGAACUGGUUCGGGUUGAGGUGCCAGUAUAGAAACUUGGCUGGCGCCGCCUACGUCCUAGAGUCCAGCUUGCCCUCGCUCACAGACAACAACGACAGCACGUGCCAUCAGGACACGGAGAGGUCAGUGACCGUCAAGUUUCGUGAGGAACAGGUUAUCACGUGGAUACGGAUAGUCGUCAAGGACAAGAUAGAUCACUACACUGUGCAAGCGUUCUCUGGCCUUACCCCCCGGGCCUGCACCCACAUGAGUGUCCUACAACCCACACCCACAACCCUGGACCUGGCAUGUAACCUUGGCACAGUCUACGUCACCAAGGUCACCGUCAGCUGGCGAGUUCAUCACGUGAUCUGUUCUCUCUACAUCAGUGGAGGAAGAAACCUGGCGCUAAAGAGCAGGGUGUCUCACAGUCCGGCGGCCAACACGACGCCGUCAGAUGCUGCGGUGGACGGCCAAAUGACACAGCCGUGUCUGGUGCUGAAUGACACCGUGACUCAUCAGCAGCUGCAGCUGGUCUUUAGCACACCAAAGCUCAUCACGGAAAUCGUCAUACACACAUCGACAGCUAACACUUCGUACGGCACAUUGAACGGCUUCCGGCUGGAGGUUGUGGGGGAGGGGGAGGUCAGUCUGCAGAACUUGACGGGCGUGAGAGCGGACGUCACUGGACGUCUGAGGUUCAAAUCCAUCGUGAGGAGACCAGCCAUGCGUGUAGAUGUCAACCUGGUGACCCAACCUGGGCACCCGAUGGAGGUUUGCGAGUUGGAGGUUUUUGGGGACUGCUCGUCCCCCGUGUACGGGCUGUACUGUGAUGAGAUCUGCAGCAUGGGCUGUGUGGACCAGCUCUGUCACUACAACGGACAGUGUUACCACUGUGUGGAGGGGAGGACGGGCAAACAUUGUGUAGGAGGAAAUUCCAACGCAAGUUUUGACUUCGAUGACUCACGGAAUGUGACGUCACCGCCCACACACGAACCGAAAGAGUCUUGGAUUUUCUUCGGGUUCGACCUGGUGGUGUUCCUGUUGUACCUGGGAGCGGUCGUCUGCUUCCUGCUCUGUUUCAUCGUCUUCUGCUGCUGUAGACGAAAGGCGCAGCAGAUAGAAAAGGUUCAUAGGCGGAGUAUCGUCUCAGACAACUUCGAACACCAGAUCCCAAUGUUCGUAUCACAGAUUGGCCCCGUGGAGAGCACAAAUAGUUUAAUCUCUCGGACGUCUUUGGAGGAAAGCAUUAUAGUCGACGACUUUCAGCAUUCCGUCGUGUCCGCGGCCACCACAAGAUAUACUGGAACCACCUGGGAAUCUGGUGCCAGUCGACUGUCCAGGGACACUGAGGUGUAGGGGCGUCA